CUAACCGGCCUCCAACCGCAGCUCCGGAGGCCCCGAACUGCCAGGACUCCUCUGCCGGUUCCUCUCGCGGCCCGAGGCCUCAUCGCCGCAGAGGUGCCGAGUGCCCGCUCCUCGGGGGGACACCCUGGGGGGAUACCGGAGCCUUGUUGCUCCCUGCGGGAAGGACCGGGGACCUGGUCUCUCCCCCUCUCAGGGCGCCCGAGUGGCCCGGCACUGGAUGCCGGGGACUAGCUGCCGAGUAGAGCGACACUCAGACGUGAAAGCCGGGCACAGCUACCCCGGGAGCAGUGCGGUGAUGCUGCAGCAGCCUCCUGCUGCUUCGCUGAGGGACAGGGACUCCAUCAGCGGCUGGUAGAAAUCCCCACCCGAGGACUCCUGGAGGGCAGUGCGGGCAGAGGCACCCGGCAGUAGGUGUGAGGUGAUCUAGCCCAGCUCCUGCAGUGGCCUGGCUCUCUGGUGUCUGAGGAUGAGUUUGACCCCCACCAGGGGAUGCCUCCUGGACCUGCCCUGGGAAGACAUCUUGCUUCCACAUAUUCUCUGUCAUCUGCCACUGCAGCAGCUCCUGAGCCUGCAGAGGGUCAGCAAGUCAUUCCAGUCUCUCAUCCGGCUGUACCUGGCCAACAUACGCUGCUUUGACUCAAGCCAGAUCAGACCUGCCAUCCCUCGAGCUGCUUUUGUUAACCUGUUGAAGGACAACAAAGUACUGCAGCAGCUGGCACUCCAGAACUGCUCCGACUGGCUGACGGACUGCGAGCUGCUCCCAGUCAUCGAGCAGAACCACCACCUCCACCAGAUCCAGCUGAAGGGCUGCGUCCAGCUCAGCCGCCAUGCGCUGGUGACCAUCUCGCUGAGCUGCCCCAACCUGCGCCAGCUGUCCCUGGCUCAGUGCGACUGGGUGGACAGCCUGGCCCUGCGCAGCCUGGCUGACCACUGCAAGGCCCUGGAGGCUGUGGACCUGACAGCCUGCCGCCAGCUGAAGGACGAGGCCAUCUGCUACCUGGUGCAGAAGUGCAGAAGGCUCAAGUCUCUGUCGCUGGCUGUCAAUGCCAAUGUGGGCGACGUGGCAGUCGAGGAGACUGCCAAGUGCUGCCCCGAGCUGGAGCACUUGGACCUCACAGGGUGUCUGCGAGUCAAGAAUGACUCCAUCAGGGUCCUGGCUGAGUACUGUCCCAAGCUGCGCUCGCUGAAGGUCAAGCAUUGCCACAACGUGGCUGAGUCCAGCUUGAGCAUCCUCCGAAGCCGUGGGGUGGAGCUGGAUGUGGAGCCUCCACUGCGGAGGGCUCUUAUUCUCCUGCAGGACGUGGUUGGCUUCGCCCCUUUCAUCAACCUUCAGAUCUAGAACUGCUGCUGCCGGGGAGGGGGGGACUGACACAACGCUGGGAACCCGGAAGGAUGCCGGAACUGGCUGCUGUGGAGACGUGCAGAGGGAGAGGUCGGUCCCAUUGGUGAGGCUGGCCUGAGUGGGGCUCACUCUUUCCUCUGGGGCUGUUUAGCAGCCACUGAGUGUUCAUGAAUAGGCUUCACUGAUGCCUCUGGGGAAAGUAACUCCCUCUACAGUGGCGUGGAGAGAGCGCUUGACUUGCAGGAACACCAUGGUGCUGAACAGGCCUUGGCCAGGCCAGCUAAUAGAUAGGAUUUACUAUU